AUGUUUUUCGCUCCCCUUCUGGCUCUGGGCCUGAGCAGUGUUGCUCUCGCCCAGAACAACACGGCUAUCCCCGGCGUUGCCCCCCCUGUGGUGACUCCCCCUCCGACAACCCUUAACCCCAGCUCUGGGUUCCCUGCUCGCGUUGGCGACUACCAGUUCUACGGAUGCGUGGGAUCUUCCAAUAACUUCCCUAGCUUCGAGAAGAUUGGCACCAACCCGCAGAUGGACCUUGAGCUCUGCGCGGCAAGCUGCGGAUCCCGCUUCUUCGGUGUUGCUGGCACUGACUGCUGGUGCGGCAAGGACAUUGACAGCGUUGGCACUGCCCGCGUUCCCAACAACGUCUGCUCCAUCCCCUGCCCCGGCAACCAACAGCAAUUCUGUGGUAGCCUCGUUGGUCUCCAGCGUCGCCAGUUUGUCCCUAACCUGGUCUACCUGACGAUCUACAUCCGUGUCGAGGGCAUGGAGGGUGGCUGGUACACUACCACCACCACCACCACUGCCACAACCACCAUCAGCGGUGUUCCCACGACUAUCACUGACACCGUCACCACCACUGUCUCGACCACCAUCGCCACAACCGUCACUCCUUACCAUCCUCACCCAACCUACGAGCCCUACCCUGGCAGAGUCAUCAUCUGCUACGGUGACUACUGCCUUCCCCAGGGACCCUGCAAGAGCGGUCACUGCGAGCGCGAGCGUAUUGUCUGCAAGGACGAGCACUGCUUCCCCGAGACCUGCAAGGACGACAAGUGGAACAGACUCGUUGAGUGCAAGGGCGACAAGUGCCACUACCCCGAGUGCAAGGGCGAGGAGUGCAAGAAGAAGGUUAUCUGCUACGACGGAAAGUGCAUCAAGGAGAAGUGCUUCGGUGACGAGUGCGAGAAGAAGGUUGUCUGCCACGGCGAGGAGUGCCACCACAAGCCUUGCAAGGGUGAGGAGUGCUACCGCAAGGAGGAGUGCCACGGCGAGAAGUGCAAGCCCGUCCCCCACUGCAAGGAGGACUGCCCUGUCCCCAAGCCUCCCGUCUUCCCUCCUCCCUGCAAGGGCGAGUGCAAGCCCAGACCUCCUCCUUGCAACGGUCCUCACUGCCCUCCUCCUCACCCUCCUUGCCACGGUGACAAGUGCCCCCCUCCUCCUUGCCACGGCGACAAGUGCCUUCUCCCUCCUCCUCACCACGAGAAGUACCCUUGCCACGACGACAAGUGCCCUCCUCCUCACCACGAGAAGAACCCUUGCCACGACGACAAGUGCCCUCCUCCUCACCACGAGAAGUACCCUUGCCACGGCGACAAGUGCCCUCCUCCUCACCACGAGAAGAACCCUUGCCACGGCGACAAGUGCCCUCCUCCUCACCACGAGAAGUACCCUUGCCACGGCGACAAGUGCCCUCCUCCCUGCGAGGGUCCUCACUGCCCUCCUCCUCACAAGACCACCCCUCACCAUGGCAAGCCAACUCCUAAUCCUCCUUGCGAGGGCCCUUACUGCCCCACCCCUCCUGUCAAGACCCCCAUCAUCGCCGGCUCCGAGAAGGUUCUCCCUGCUCUGGGUCUCGGCGCCAUCGCCGGUCUGGCUUUCUUCCUGUAA